AUGGGUCAAACAGGAUCUCAGCUGCUUCAAGAGAUCGAAAAGUCUUCAAACUUUACGGGGGACGAGAUCCAGAGGUUGAAGAAACGGUUCAUGAAGCUCGAUCGGGACCAAUCGGGCUCGAUCGAUAAGGAUGAAUUCUUACAGAUCCCGGCGAUUGCGAAUAACCCAUUAGCCUCAAGGAUGAUCGCGAUCUUUGAUGAAGACGGUGGUGGAACGGUAGAUUUCCAGGAAUUUGUCGAUGGGUUAUCCGCAUUCAGUAGCAGAGGAGAUCGCGAGCAGAAACUGAAAUUCGCGUUCAAAGUGUACGAUAUGGACCGAGAUGGGUUUAUUUCGAAUGGAGAAUUGUUCCUGGUUCUGAAGAUGAUGGUGGGGAAUAACCUGAAAGAUCAACAACUCCAACAGAUUGUUGACAAGACAAUCAUGGAAGCUGACACAGAUUGUGAUGGCAAGCUGUCGUUUGAAGAGUUUAAGCAGGUUGUCGCCAAUACAGAUAUUGCCAAACAGAUGACACUCGAGGCCCUGUUCUAG